UCAAAUGAAAUCUGGUUGAAUCAUCAUUCACCUGUCUUACCACCAAAGGAGGGAAACAGCAUCUUACGUUAUCAAUGUCCAACAGGAUCUUGUGACCACAAGACAAUCACCCACGGUUUCACUGAAUGCUGCCUUCAGGCACCGACUCUGAUGCCUUCGAGUCGCAGGCCGCACACAGGUCAGCUGCUCCGAACCCAAUCUGGCUCCUUCGAUACACCAGCCAGCCCCUCCAACUCACUGGCCACCUCCCUCCUUCUCUUGUGGCAGGGCUCCUUGUAGAUGUGCUCAAUGGUGGGAUGGGCUAUUCCUGUGAUAGAAAAAAACCACCUGAUCUCAUACUGUUGGCUUAUUUAUCUGAUCCAUUUGGAGUGUUAAAGGAAGAAAUUGCACUCACCUGGGAUUUUAUCUCCACAUGCCAAAGCACUGUGGGACCAUGUUCAUAAGCCCACCAGUUCUUCUUCCCAACUGCUGGAAAGCCGUUGGGGAUGGCCAUAUUCCUUGUACGCUAGCACAGGGUGCCUCUGCACACAGCAGUUAGUGUAAAGCUAUUACAGCAUCAGCAAUCCGGGAUCAAAUCUGCCAUUCUCUCUAAAGAAGGAUUUCCCAACCUUUUUUAUGCUGUGGACCAAUUCUAUUAAGCAAGGGGCUGGUGGGCCCCAGGAUAAGGACCCUUGCAAGGGUUUGUACAUUGUCAUGAUGGUGUGGGUUCCUCUGUGUGCUCCAGUUUCAGAGGUAGAGCUCGAUAUAGAUUCAUUUACUUAUCACGUGUACAUUGAAACAUUUGUUGAACUGUGCUGUUUCUGCUCGCAACCAAGUGUCGCUGCAGGUUCGGAUGCCCGCGCGGCAUGCCCGCCACGCUCAGCAGAACGGCACAGCAAAAUGGAACGCAACGAGCAACAAAGCGAUGUCAGCAAAAACAAGAUCCGUCCCUCCCAUACACACUUGCACAGCUCUCCAAACCCAAGAUAGGCCAUCUUUGGCCUCCUGCACGCUCACGGAUUCACAGACAUCAGGCUUUAAUUUCACCACAGCGCUUUGCAGACCCAGACUUAUGCAGAGUUCCGGACUUUGGAUCAACCUUUGGGCUCCAGGAACUCCGCUCCCCCCUCAAUGAGGACGUCCAGGCACUCACAGUGGAACAAAGAAACACAAAAGAAUCAAUGAAGACACAGACUGACAAACAGCCAAUGAUAACCAGGGACCUGCAGCAGUCGGGGGAACUGAGAUACUUCCUCAAUCUUCUAUUCACCAGUCCUGACGAAGGGUCCCGGCCCGAAACAACGACCGUUUCCUCUUUUCCAGAGACGCUGCCUGGCCUGCUGGGUUCCUCCAGCAUUUUGUGUGUGUUGAUUGGAUUUCCAGCGCCUGCAGAUUUUCUCUUGCUUGACGUUGAACCUUGAAGUGGACGGGCUACAGCAGCAGAAAACCAGGAACAGUCACUCGCUGGCCACUUUAUUAGGUACCUGCUGUAGAUGCUGCACCACUGAGUGGAGAAUCCUAUUGAAUACCUGAAAAUAAGAAGGUGAAAACUGGCAAGGCAAUGAGAUGGCAUAACACCUUUUGUGCUAACACUGGGUAAGCUCUGUGUGAGCUCCACCAUACUACCAGUGACUUGCAAACCACACACCCUGAUGCUUUCUUUGUGCUACAAAAAAAACAGUCCUGCCUAGAUUCUAUCAGCAGGUUGACUUUGCUACCAGAGGAGAGAACACAUUAGAAAUGGUUUAUACCAACAUCCCUGGUGCACACGAGGGCUGCUCCCACAUUUCAGAUUCUCCUUAUGCUAAAUUCCUGCAAAUUGACCACCAAUUGAAUGUCAACCCAGCUCUAAGGGAGAUAAAGACCUGACAAGAGGGAGCAAUCACAGUGUUACAGGGAUGCUUUACAGGAACUAUUUAAGAACUUUUAAAAAGCUAUUUAUUAAAGCUUUUGGGAGGGUGAUUUUAGAUGCAUAUCAUAUUUAUAUUGAGUUAAAUACUUAUGUAAUUAGUUUUGCUACAAUAAGUGUAUGGGACACUGGAAAAAUGUUGAAUUUCCCCUUGGGGAUGAAUAAAGUAUCU